AUGAAGGACGACUAUGUUGGAGGCCAGUCUGCUAGGACUGUAGGCGACGACUAUGUUGGAGGCCAGUCUACUAAGACGGCGGGCGACGCCAGUCAUGAGCCGUAUCUGGGCAGCAAUUAUGAGAAAGGCAAGGGUGCCUUGGGUUCCGACCAGCACAUCGAAGACACAGAAGAGUAUGAUGAACCUCCGAAGAAGAGAGGUGCUUGGGCGAAGACGAAACGACAUUGCCUAAGAUGGUGGUGUUGUUAUGCAAUUGCGAUAUUCAUAGCACUGGCGGCAGGUCUUCCAAUCUUUUUCUUGGUGAUUUUGCCGGCAGUCGCACAGCGCGUUGUCGAUGAUGCAGACUUGCCAAUAUAUUCCGCGAACAUCUUAACGCCUACACUAUGGUCGUUCGUAGUCUCGAUCAGUGCAGGCCUUAAUGUACCGCUGGGUCUCAAGGGAACGGUUCAUCCGUUCGAUCUAGCGCUAUACGUCAAAGACCCGACGGAUAAAGAUAAAUUCAAUCCAUAUGUCACAUUGCCAGUACCGGAGACAAAAAUCGCCGGGAGUGGCACGUUGAGCGUCAAAGAUCAGACCGUCACAAUCCAGAACAAGACAGAACUUGUCAGUUUCCUCUCAGUGGCUGUGGAAUCGGAAGAUUUCGAAUUGUCCGCGAGAGGGGAGGCUGAUAUCAGUCUGGGAAAGCUGAAAUAUCAUGUCAAGCUCGACAAGACGGUGAAAUUGAAAGGUCUCAACCGACUUCAAGGAUUCUCCAUCAAUGAAGCAGCAGCAGUUCUUCCACCGCUGGCGGACGGGACAAAUUUGUUAGGAGAUGUGACUAUACCCAACCCUUCACUCGUCACAUUCGACAUGGGAAAUGUCACAUUGAAUAUGCUGUCUGGAGACCUCUGGAUUGGAACCGCUGACAUCCAGAAUGUCAGUCUUAACCCAGGCAACAACAGUUUUAAGCUUCGGGGAAAGCUAGAUCUGCCGACACUGCUUAAAAACCUGCCUGCCAUCCUAACCACACAAAUGGGUAACAUCGGCCGAGGAGUCAUCUCGCUCAAUGCGAGCGGCAACAAGACCGUCUUCAACGGCGAGGGAAUCGACUGGUACGAUGCGGUGCUCAACAAGUUGGUGAUUUCAGCAGAAGUUCCGAUUCUCAAAGUCUUGACAGACACCGUGUCGCAAUUGAUUGGCGGCACUGACAGCCCAUUGUCCGGGCUGCUUCCGGGCUUAGGAAACUUGGGAAACUUGAAUUUCACAGAGGUCAUGGCGCCGUUGACGAAUAUAACGCUCCCGUCAACCGCUGGCAGCACUCCGAGCAGGACAAGUGCGGCAGGUGGAGCCACAUCUAGGCCAGCUUCAUCACCGAGUGCCACGUCGGAAGGGGUAACCUCGUCGCGGACGACGGCGGCGGGCUCAGGUGCGACCGAUCUUGCUGCUAUUCUGGCUGGUUUGGGUUCUUCAGGAUGA